ACCCUGUGGAAUGUCUGGCAUUACAUCAAUUUUCUUGUCGGCAUUUCUAUUAAUUAUUAACAAUGAAAAUGCAAGUGCCUUGAGAGUUCUCGCGAUUUAUCCAUUUCCUGGUAAGAGUCAUUCCAUCGGAGCUGAACAUCUCCUCGAGGAAAUGACACACAGGGGUCACACUGUUGACGUGGUUUCCCAUUUUCCCCGAGAAAAACCCAUUCCCAAUUAUCGUGACAUCAGCCUUCGAGGAUUAGCCCCAGUUUUUGCGAAUAGUGUGACAUACGAUAAAAUUAGGCAGUACAAUUUUAUCCAUCCGAGAGAAUUUGUUGAACUGGCGGGAACUGGAGUCUGUGAUUUGCUGGGUCAACCUGUUCUCCAGGAGUUGAUGAAGACACCCAAGGGGACGUACGAUGUCGUAAUUGUUCAUUUAUUUUUGGCUCACUGUUUCAUUGGAUUUGGAGAGAAAUUAAAUGCUCCAGUGGUGGGUGUUGUGACGUCGAAAUUGCCGGAUUGGAUGUUCGAUGCUUUUGCAAAUCCCCUAAAUCCUUCCUACAUGCCGAGUUUUUUUUCAAGUUCCACUCAACGGAUGACAUUCUGGGAAAGACUGCGGAAUACUGUUGUCACUAAUAGAUUCCGUCUUCAACUCUGUUAUUAUAUGGAGGCUGAGAGUCAGCAGGUGGAGAGGUAUUUUAGCAGGAAAAUUUCAUCGCUGGAUGAGUUGUACAAGGAUGUAGCCUUAGUUCUGGUUAACGAGCACUUCAGCGUCAAUGAUAUCAAGCCUGCGACACCGGACAUCAUCGACGUCGGUGGACUCCAUAUUUAUAAUAAUACUCAGCAACUGACAACUGAGCUGCGGGAUUGGUUGGACGAGAGCACUGAAGGCUGUGUAUAUUUUACAUUCGGCUCAACCGUCAAUUUCGAAUCCUUCCCCGAAGAAGUACUGAGAAUUUUCUAUCGGUCCUUCGAGAGGAUUGCACCAGUGCGAGUACUCAUGAGAGGAGAUCCUGAGUUUCAUUCUAAAGAUUUGUCGAAAAAUGUUAAGAUAGUACCGUGGGCUCCACAGAUUGCUGUAUUGAAACAUAAAAACGUCAAGGCAUUCAUAACUCACGGCGGCCUCCUGGGAACUCAGGAAGCUAUCGCUUACAAAGUGCCACUGAUCGGUAUUCCCCUUUUUGCUGAUCAAUAUACGAACUUGCGAAACUAUGCAAACCGAGGAUUUGCAGUGGUUCUAGAACUGAAGGCCCUCACCGAGGAUUCACUUACUGAUGCGAUAAUUACUGUCCUGAGGGAUCCAACAUACAGUGAAAACAUAGCGAGAGUAUCGGAGCUCUUCUGGGAUCGGCCAAUGAAUCCCCUGGACACAGCGAUUUACUGGAUUGAGUACGCAGCAAAACGUGGCCCAGUCUUGAAAUCACCAGCGUCUGAACUAUCCUGGUGGAAAUUCCACUUAUUAGAUGUUUACGGAUUUAUGUUGAUGUGCGCUCUCACUAUUCUAUGUGCAAUCAUCAAACUGAUCACUCUGCUACGCAGUCGUGCCAGCAGAGUUCUUCCGAAGAAGGUCCCCAAAUCCAAGAAGCACAACUAAAUAAUUUCCUCCUUAAAUCCAUAAAUCCCCAAUUUCAUUUAAAUAAAACAACACAACCACGAGAUUGAUUUGACAAUUACAUCGUCGACUCCAAAUCGAUUACAUGCCUUCCUCUGCCCAAUUCAUAUCUAAUUAGAAAUAUUUGGAUUACCCUCAGUUUUAUCAGAAGAUCUUGAGACUAGAAAAUUGUUUCUUCAACAAUAAAUGGAUAAUUGAAGACAAAAUGACGUCCACCUGUGCCCUAUUCUAUUUGACCUUGAGAUCAAAUUUUUUGCUUGAAUGACCUUGAGA